CGUCAAUCCGUCGGCAGCAGAAACUGGGAAAUUCAACCACAGAAAAGCGAUGAUGAGCAUUUAUUAUUAACGGACCAUGAAAUUGAAAGGUUUGCACGCUCCAAUUUCGCUUCAAAGGUCCAUGUAACAAUAACAACACAACAUUCCAUCUUCCUUUGUCUGUACACUACGAUUCCUACACGCGUCGUCUGCCCAAGAAGUCGUUUGUUUUCAACUGCUCCGUAUCAUCAUCAUCUGCCGGUCAUUCAUCAGACAACAACGUCACACCACCACCAACCACCAACCACCAUCGCUAAUGCACAUGUCCUUGUGCCUUUCCUGAUCACGGCGAACACCGAUUCUGGGGGGGCUUGCACGAGCGCUUUUUACUGCUCGUAUCGUCUCCAGACCUUUCCCCCGAGUUUAUCUUUGUUAUCUUGCUGGAGAGUGGAAAAAAAGAGCUUUCCUGAGCCAUGAUCAAGCAGUGUGCCUGCUCCCUGCGAUAACACUCACCAAUACAACAACCUUUCCCCCUCUAGAGGGCCGAAAUUUCAACAAUGGCCUUCAACUUCAACUGGUCGCCCUUAUCGACCGACGCUGGCUUCCUCCCUCGAGCCCAGGAGCUGCUCACGAACGCCCUGAAUCGAGCCGACCCAAAACCUGCCAUCAUCGUCGACGAUAUCGUGGUGAACGAGUUGAACCUGGGAGAUGUUCCGCCGGAGCUGGAGAUUCUGGAGAUCGGUGACCUGGCCGAGGACAGGUUUAGAGGCACCUUCAAGAUGAUGUACAAGGGAAAUGCAUACCUCACACUCAAGACCAAAGUGCAGGCCAAUCCGUUGAACACGUAUCUACGCACCCGGUCGGCGUUUGCUUCACCACAGCCCUUGGCUGCGGAUACUGGCCUCACGAUUCCCCUUCAGAUCACACUGUCGGAAUUUCGCUUGUCGGGCUUCAUUAUUCUGGUCUUUUCUCGACAAAAAGGGCUGACUCUAGUUUUUCGAAACGACCCUCUCGAAUCCCUCCGCGUCUCGUCUACAUUUGAUUCGAUCCCAUUCGUGGCCAACUUUCUGCAAAAGGAAAUCGAAACACAACUGCGGGGCCUGCUAAUGGAUGAAUUGCCCGCCAUCAUUCAUAGACUAUCGUUGCGAUUAUGGGUACCCGAACAACAAGCCCAGGAGGAACGAGAGCUGGGUACGCUACAGCCAACAAAAGAUGAGCUGGUGGUCGAUCCUCUGGCCAGCCCUCCUCAAGACCCUGUCGAUAGCACCGGCGCGGUCUUGACCCCUGCUGAAGUCGCAUCUUUGUCUCUUGAUUCAUCCGUCGAGACGCAAUCUUUGUUUUCGAGGAAGAAUCUAAUCAGACUUGCAACGUUAACUGAUUCGCAUCGGACUUUGUCUCUUUUCACUCCUUCUAUCCGAGACGCGGUCUUCAGAGCAUGGACCGGUCCUUUGGAACGUGGCGAAAUGUCGCCGUCUCACCCUCAUACAAGAUCUCCUACGCCAGCUUUGUCGAGAUCGCAUUCGUACGCUGGAAGUCUAAGUACGGCGACCACCUAUACUUUCGACAGCACGCAUACACGAUCGACUUUGCAGACUCUGAACUCUGCUAGUCAUGGAUUGGGUAUGGGCGGUGGACGACACGGACAAGGACAUCGACGCCGGAGAAAGAAGAGGGUGGUAGAUUUGCGCGCGCACCCAGAAACAGGAGAACCUGAGAGUGUUACCGAGUCCGGCAGCUCAACUGUCGAUACCGAGAGUGUUUCCGAAAGCACCUCAGCCACAGCACCUUCGGUGUUUUCUGCACCAGCCGCCACCACCUCGUUUGAUUCUACAAAGGGGUUGGGUCUUAUCACGCCACCAACCAGUCCCGCCAUUGCGAAGAAGCCCGGUCUCCCGGCGAAUCUACAACAUCAAAGGAGCAGCAAUACUGGUACGCGGAGCGUCAGUGAAGGCAUGCCAGGACCUGCUGUGCCUGAACACAUUGACCAACAUCCACUAGUAGAUUCGGAAGGUGCAUCAUCAAAAUCAUUCGAUCCCCAUGCCACGAUUCGUGUGCGUAAUACUAAUAGGAGAAUCAUUCCUACUGUGGCAACAGCCAAUGCUGAAGACGACGAUGAAACUCCACGGGCAUCAUUGUAUAUUCCUCCACAAGAGAAGAGACAAAUUCCACCUCCACUUCCAUUCCAACAACAACAACAAAGUUCAGCCGCAUCUCCCACUACUACUACUACCACCGCCACCUCGGGUUCAGCCACUGAAAAAUCCGGCCUUCAUGAAGGGGGAGGGUCAGGCGGACCUUCUUUGACACCGCUACCUAAUUUCCUUCAAUUCGUGGCCGAUCCAAGUAACGCAGGCAGCAUCGCCGAGCGAGCGUGGAUGAUGAAAAUGGCCGCGGAAUUGGCCAGAAGGUACGAAGACGAAAGACUCAAGGGUAGUUUCGGACCCAUGUCUCCGAGAGACGAAGAGAGACCACCACCCCCUGCUUAUGCGAGGUGAUUUCCUUUUUUUUGGUUAUAUUGUCUCUCGUCGUCACUCUAUCUUCUAGUGCCGAGGGGAUGAAUGUGGUACUCCUUCAAGUGAUGUAUCAAAAAAAGUCUUUGGUUUUUUGUCCCCUCGUGGGUGAUGAUGAUACGAUAUGAAAUGGUAAUGUCUAUGUGUGUUUUGUGUGUGUGUACUCUGUAAUAGAAAGAAAGAGAAUGAAGCGUUGUCAAGAGCCUUUUUUUUUCUUCUUUCUUUUUCGUCCUCUUUUCCGCCUCACUCUCUCUCACUUGUUGAUGGAGGGUUGUUGGGGACGGAGUAUGGUCUAUGUAGCGUUACUCUCAUACUUUUGCAAGGUUGUUUGAAGCAAUACAUGUCGCUGCAGGCGAUGGAGUUGGCCCAUUUUGUCAUGAUUACAUACCCUGUACAUACUGUACAGACACAGACACGUCCUUUGGUUAAUCCCAUAUUUCUACACAUCCUUCUUACCGUUCAUCUACUUGUCCAGUUCUCCUUGUCGGUGAGACAUGAGAAAAAGCAACUCGGUCGAUCGGCACUGUGGAAGAAGAAGCCUUUUCACAAUCUGCGUCGGUGUCGUGAGUUUUUCAGGCCAUCUCGGUUUGUGUCAGAAUUGAAACUUCCAUGACAGAAGAAUGCACCAGUGGUUGC